CUUUACUGCAAGUCUGCCAUGCUGGGGAGGACUAGGGGUCUGCAGUGUGUUGAGAAAACGGAAUGGAAGCUUUGUUACAAGGGCUUCAACGACAAGACAGAAUGGGGGCUUUGCAAGAUUCCUGUGAGGCUGAGCUGCAAGAACUCAUGAAGCAGAUAGACAUUAUGCUGGAUCACAAGAGGUCACAGUGGGAAGCAGAGACAGAGACAAUGAAGACUCGUCUAGAGCUGAAAGAGCAGGAGCUGAACUGUGCCCUGGACAGAGAGGAGCGCUUGAACCAGGAGGUUAGGAGAUUGAGACAGCAGCUCAUACAGCAGGAAGAAGAGACUCAAAAUAAGACGACACAGUAUGAGGCUCAGCUAUCCGGCUUUAAGGAGGAGUUAAACCGAUUGAAAAAAAGUUACGAGAAAGUACAGAAGAAGCACCUGCGAUCAGAGAUGAAGGCUAAAGCAGAGGAGGAAAGAUCCGAGGUCAGCCGUCUGACUCGCCGGUUAGAGGAAUUCCGUCAGAGAUCUUUGGAUUGGGAAAAGCAGCGUUUGUUGUAUCAGCAACAACUCUCUGGACUUGAGGCACAACGCAAAACGUUGAUUGAGCAGACAGAAAUGUACCAGCAACAGUCACAUAAUCGCAAGCAGAUGCUGGAGCAGACAAACCUAGUCGGCCGUUCUGAACUUCAGAACCUCAGUGGUCAGUUGCAUCGCGCCAAUGACAGUCUCUGUGCUAAAGAAGAGGAACUGGAGACCCUGAAAAUUCAGCUGCGGUGUGCUGUUGAAGGGCAGAAGCGGGCAGAACACGAAACGGAGCUCUCAAAGCAAGCUGUUCAGGCACUUAAGGAGGAGAAGGCUGAGCUAAGGGCCACUUUGCAAGCUCACACAGAAUUUCUACAGGGCUCCAGAGUACAGAAACAUGAGCUUCUGCCAGAAGGGUACAGGGGGAGUGAGGUCCUAAGAGAAAACAACAGCAUCAGGUCUCUGGAGGAGCGAUUACAGGAGACGGGGCAAGUAGGAGGCGAGACUGAAGUGGAGGCUAUAAGGUCUAAGCUGUCUGUCAGUCGUAUGAAUGAACAGAGGCUACAGGCUGAGGUGACCUGUUUGGAAGACAGUGUUGAGUCUGUGACAUCCCAGUGUCAACUGCUGGCAAAGGAGCUUAAAGGAAAGGAGGAAUAUCUCCAUGGGGUUAAAGAGGACCAUCAAAAAUGCUUGUCUGAAAAUAAAAAGCUGAAAGGCCAGCUCUCACAGGCUGAGCUGACCCACAAGAGUGUGCUGGAUGGGAUGAGGAAGGAGAUCUCACAGCUCACUCAGGAGUUACACCAGAGAGAUAUCAGAAUGGCUUCCAGUGCAGGCAUCGACUGGGAGAGGAAAAUUAAAGCUGAACGGCAGAGGGCAGAGAGAGAGGCUGCAGAACACAGGAUGUCUCUAAAUGCUCUGGAAAACUUGAGGCAGGAGAAUUGCCGGUUAUCGGAACUCCUUCAGACGCAAGAGCCGGAUGUGGCGCAGGCACUGGUUAAUUUGGAGCAGGCAAAUCAGAGGCUGCAGAGGGAGCUGCUACAGACACAGGAGAAACUGGAGCUGAUAGCGCAGAGAAGGGAGUCUGAAAUCCAGAAUGCAGUGGAUAAUAUAUCUCAAGAGCUGUUGAAUAAACAGGAGCAGGAGCUGAGAAUAAUGCAGGAGAGGCUGAAGGUUUAUGAGCAGGAGAUGCAGACUUUUAGGUCCCAACAAGAUGCAGCUUCAAGUGGAAGCUCACUGGAGUCUAUAUUCUCUGAGGUUUGGAAAGAACAAGCUACGGGUUCACCAAUAUCUGCAGCAAGCGUGGAUUCCGCUAUUGAGCCAGUGGAGGACCUUGCCUCUUCUCUGCCCGUUCCACCCACCUCCCCAGCAAAUGCCGUAGCCUCACGCUUCCUCCAGGAAGAGGAGCAGCGAUCACAUGAACUUUUGCAGCGACUGAAUGCUCACAUAGAAGAGCUGAAGCAGGAAAGUCAGCGCACCGUCGAGCAUUUCACCCAAGCCAGGUAACUCCGAGCAGGACUUCACAACGAGCCCCACUUAGGAUGGUGGUGAAUUUCACUGAUGUUAUAGCAAAGAUGUGCCUGUUGGAUAUUUCUUCCACAUUCCUCUUAAUAAAAUUUCUCCAAGCUACCUCUAAAUGUUGCAGUGCGGCCAAAAGAAGAAAUGUUCUGCACAUUU